CAAACGAACAACUCGAAAGAUGUCUGCACGCGGUGGUAAAGGUGCCGGUAAGACCAGGGCCAAGGCGAAGACCCGCUCCUCUCGUGCCGGGCUGCAGUUCCCGGUGGGUCGCGUCCACAGGCUGCUGCGGAAGGGGAACUACGCUCAGCGGGUCGGCGCCGGAGCUCCGGUGUACCUGGCGGCGGUGCUGGAGUACCUGACCGCUGAGAUCCUGGAGCUGGCCGGGAACGCGGCCCGCGACAACAAGAAGACCCGGAUCAUCCCCAGACACCUGCAGCUGGCGGUACGCAACGACGAGGAGCUCAACAAGCUGCUGGGCGGAGUGACCAUCGCUCAGGGCGGCGUGCUGCCCAACAUCCAGGCCGUCCUGCUGCCCAAGAAGAGCGAGAAGCCCUCCACCAAGAAGUAAACAAACACCGGGAGCUGCCCCCAAACAACAACAACAACAACAACAACAACGGCUCUUUUAAGAGCCACACACCCGAAACUAAAGACGCUUCCUGGAAAAUGAUCGUCUCAUAAUGGCUGUGAAUUUGUCAGUGUCACGUCUAAUGUUUUCAUUUAUUACUAAAAUUUAAACACAAAAAAGACAAAUGAUACACACAAGAUGAUAUUUACAGUAAAAGCAAAAUAAAUAUGACUUAGUUUACAGAAGUUUACACGUAUUUUACCCUUUGAGAUCUGAGGCAGCAUCACUUUUUUUAUGUUUUCAGAUGCAGACACAAGAUUUUAGACUUUGAACUCUGAGCAAUCGGUGCACUUUAUUUACAAAAAAGAAACGUGAGCCACUUGGUAAGAAACAUUCCUCAAACUGCAAGAAUUUAUUAAGUUUAGAAUUUAGUUUGAAAAUUAAAAUAAAACUGGAAUUGUCAAGGGAAAGCUAAUUUUAAUUAGGCCUAUUAUAUUUGCAUAAUUAACAUUG